GGUUAAUUUUACUGAAUGUGUUCGACGUAUCCAGCUCGGUAUUAGGCACUUCGGGAGCUACAAAAACAGGUGAAAAACAGGCCUUUCCUGGCAGAGAUCUCAGUCUAGCUGGGGAGACAAGGCCAGCUUGGGGAGAGUUGGAUUCAUAGAAUGACUCAUCUUGUGAACUGGUAUGGACAAGUGUUGAUCUUUUUGGUACCUUUUUUCUUCCUGUAAAUCUAUAAUGGGCACGCACUGCUUUUUCUCUAAAAGGCCAUAACGGGCCCAUCGUUCCUACAGAAAAAUCAGAAAAUAAUGCAAGGUAGUUUAUACUUAACUUCUACCCACCAGCACAUACAGACCAGGCCUCUAAUCCUGGGAGCCUGCGUGCCAGCAGCCUGGAACCCAGAGCCUUUCCUGGAGCCUGCACAAUCAAUCCAGACUGAAGCCGAUGUCUUCUAGAGAGGCGGAAGUGCAAUCCAACCAGGGCGCAGCUGAAUUUUGAGGCCUGCGUGCCUCCGCGUCCACCAGGGGACCGCUGGGACUAAUUCUGUUGGCAAACUUGUGGCCAGCCAAACCUACCAUGCUUCACAUCCCUGUUAUCCUUGGCUACCGCCCAAGAUUGGCUUUCAGAAGAGAUGAAAUGUGGUCUGAGGGACGAUAUGGCUAUGAAAGACUUCCAAGAGAACGAGUACCUCCUCGAAGUCAUCCCAGUGAUGGCUACCAUAGAGUAGUUAAUAUUGUGCCAAAGAAACCACCACUGCUAGACAGACCUGGUGAAGGAAGCUACAAUAGAUAUUACAGUCAUGUUGAUUACCGAGACUAUGACGAGGGCCGCAGUUUUUCUCAUGAUCGAAGAAGUGGUCCACCUCACAGAGGAGAUGAAUCUGGCUAUAGAUGGACAAGAGAUGAUCAUUCUGGAAGCCGGCAGCCUGAAUACAGGGAUAUGAGAGAUGGCUUUAGAAGAAAAGGUUUCUACUCUUCCCAUUAUGUGAGAGACCGGUCUCCUCACAAAAGAGAUACUCCUUUUUUCCGAGACUCACCUGUAGGCCGAAAAGAUUCACCACACAGCAGAUCUGGCUCCAGUGUCAGUAGUAGAAGCUACUCUCCAGAAAGAAGCAAAACAUACUCUUUCCAUCAAUCUCAACAUAGAAAGCCUGUGCGUGUUGGUGCCUCCUACAAACGGCAGAAUGAAGGAAAGCCAGAAAGAGGUAAAGAGAGACCUGUCCAGUCUUUGAAAACAUCAAGAGACACUUCGCCCUCAAGUUCUUCAGCAGUUCCUUCAUCAAAGGUGUUAGACAAACCCAGUAGGCUCACUGAAAAGGAGCUUGCUGAAGCUGCAAGCAAGUGGGCUGCUGAAAAGCUAGAGAAGUCAGAUGAAAGUAACUUGCCCGAAAUUUCCGAGUAUGAGGCGGGAUCUACAGCACCAUUGUUCAUUGACCAGCCAGAAGAACCUGAGUCAAAUGCAACAGAAGGCAUAGAAUUAUUUGAAGACAGUCAGCUAAGUGGUCGCUCGAAAGCGAUAGCAUCAAAAACCAAAGAGAUUGAACAGGUUUACCGACAAGACUGUGAAACUUUCGGGAUGGUGGUGAAAAUGCUGAUUGAAAAAGAUCCUUCAUUAGAAAAGUCUAUACAGUUUGCAUUGAGGCAGAAUUUACAUGAAAUAGGUGAGCGGUGUGUUGAAGAACUUAAGCAUUUCAUUGCAGAGUAUGAUACUUCUUCUCAAGAUUUUGGAGAGCCUUUUUAGAAGAUUAUUGCUCAGGCAAAAAAGGUUUCUAGAUUUUUUCCCCCUGGAUUGUGGAAAUCCUUAAUAUAUGGAAUUUUUGUGAUAAAGAGAAAUACUUUGAUAGUUGACCACAUUUCCAAUAUCAAAUCAACAUCUAAAAUUGUUUAAAAUAUUUGAAUUAGGAUUUUUUUCUACAUGUAAAGCGUCCUAAUUUAUACUACUUUUUUUUUGUAUUAUUUUUCCUGAAAUGAUGGGUCAGUUAAUUUUCAAGCUUUAAAAAAGCAGUCCUGGAGAACCGUUUUCUGUACUUUUGUUCUGUAGUCUUCCACAGUAUGUGAUCAUUUGGUUACAAGAGUGUAAUUUACAGGUUAGAGAUCAUUCCACUUAAACAUUAGUAGUCUUUUUGCAUUUCAUAGUGAAUGAUGCCAUGUGAAAAUGUUAGAAUUCUGAGUUGUGGUUUUAAUGACUUGUUGCUUGCUUUCCUUAGGCUUUGUAACUUUUAAUAUGGUAAAGUAUACUUUCCUAAUAAACUGAAUACUCUGGUAUAUAGAGAAUAUUUGCUUUGAGAAUAAUUCUCAUUCAGUGAUAAGAUAGAGCACUUAAAUCUCUGAAAGACACCUCAGAAUAAAAUCCUUUUUUCCAAGUUAAA